UGGCAAUGUCGUUAGUCUAUGAAUGUCGUCAUUCAUCAUUAUGUUUUGCUGUGAUAUGUAGUCAUGUAAACAAAAUUGGUUAAAUUCAAAUAAACAUUUUAAAUCAUUUGUUUUAUAAAUUAAACAGUCAAUGGCCACUUGUAUUGUGUAUCUAGUUACUUUUGCAGGUUAAAUAAAGAAGUGGCAAGUACCUGAUUUUUCCCCUUAAAAGAAAAAUUGUGCUGAUGAAUUAAAAAAUUUACUAAUCGACAUGCUCAGUCCAAAACAAAGUACUUUGACUAACAAUUCCAAUAAGAAUGCUGUACAGGAACUGCCGUUCAACCCAAAGGCAGCAGAAGUGUUUUCAGUGCAAAAAAAAUAUAGAGAGAAGAUGAUAAGGUAUCUCAGUUUUUGUUUUCCCGAAAUAGACGGUAUUGAGUUACAUGAAACAUUAAAAGAAUGUCUGUUUCAAGUGGAUAAGGCAGUGAAUGUACUUGAAAAGGUAUCAGGAAUUACUGUAACAACUGAUUUUGUUACUUGGUUGAAAAGUAUGAGUUUUAAUGUGAAGGAAGUUAAAAAACUGAUGAGGCCACCAAAGAGCGCUGUGCAAAAUAUUAAUGAGCCAGAGAACAUUUUUAAAUUAAUGACUGCAAACCAUGAUGUACCUGAGAAUAUAUCCCGAGAAGAACAAAUUUUGAAUAUUAUUGAAGACAAUCAAAUAAUAGUAGAAAACGCGACCUUAAUGCAACUCCUUGCAAAACCUGUUGUUCACAUUGAAAGAUUGCCCCUUUCAACUAUAGAAAGCACAUAUCAAAACUUGAAUAAAAAGUUAUAUUUAUCAUCUCCACCUUACAAAAGAAACAAAUCAGCAAGUAGUAUUAAAACUACUGAAUCUCCAGUAAAGAAUAAAGCUAAUGUGAUGUCACCCAAGAAAAGGAAAACCAAGUUUCAAGAUAAGAUUAGACCAUACAAGAACAGAAAAACAUUUGCAGAUAUAAAUGAAGUUAACGAAGAAAUAAAUUCAGUUUUAGACAGUGAUAUUCUGCAGUCACUGUCAUCUGAAAAGAUAUUCAAAAAAAUUGAAGACAAGCUUAAGUCCUGUGAUGAAAUAAUCGUACUUCCUCCAACUGUGAUUUCACAUGAAAAGACUUUUAAUAUUGGUAAGAAUGAGUUACUGCGUUCCAAACAAAGUAUUAAAAUAAAGAUAAAAAUUCAACAUGUAACAGGUGUAAAGACAUUCUCCUUAAUUGAUGAUCAUGAUCUUGAAGAGUCUCAGUCACAAGAUAAAGAAGAAAAAUUAUCACAAUCAAGUGAUAACAUUAUUGAAUCACCACCAAACAAGAUGCAGCCAGUAGAUACAAAUGAUGUUCAUAAACCGAAAGUAGAUGAAGAACUUUCUAAUGGCACAAUUAAAACAAAUAAAGAAUGUGAACCCUUUAAAGAACCUUCAUGUUCUAAUGAUGUAGUUAACAAUGUUGAUAAAAUUAUAACUCCGAAUAGCAACCGUGGAGAAACAAAUUUACCAACAACAGUCCAAGAAACCACAAGUUCAGUUAGUACAGUGAAUGUAAACUGUAUUCAAGAAAUAGGAAGUACAACUGCAAUUGAAGAUAAUAUUUGUGGAAAAGAAAACUCUUUUACAACAAAUCAAGGAAUUUUACAUUUGACUGAUUCAGUUAACUUAAACUGUACUACAAGUCAAAAUGAAGACAAUAGUUGUAGUGAUAGAAUCCUAACUACAGUAUUGCCACAAACUUUACCUUCAACAGAUACAGUUAACUUAAACCACAAUCAAGAAAGUGCAAGUGUGAGUACAAUUAAAAAUAAUAACUACACUGAAAAAAAGUCAGUGGUAAUGAGCCAAGAAAAUCAACAAUCCAGCAAUGCAAUGCCAAACUGUACUAAAAGAGAUAUAGGUGCAAUUAAAAAUUAUAAUUCAGGAGAAAGACACGUACCAGUAACAAAUCCAGCAAUGAAUGUUGUGAGUAAAACUCAACCAGAGGCAACUGCUAGUACAAGUUCAGCUAAGGGGAAUUUUCUGCUGAAUGUAACUGUAGAACAGGCUACAGAUACAUUACUUCCUCUUCUAAAGUGUCUAGUAUCUGUAACAAAAAGAGCUAAUUCAGAAAUAUUUAAUAAUUCAAUUACCAUGGUCUCAAACAGCCUCAAAUAUUAUUUAUCAAAGGUUUGCAUACAUUCAUUCAACAUUUAUACGUUUAUAAACAUUAUAGCAUCAAAAAUGUCAUUAGAGGAUAAAAGUCCCGAUUUGGACAAGAAGAUUGUUAAGCUUAUGUUUGACAGUUUGUCAGCAACUACUGGUAAACAUGUAGAAGAGUCCGAAUUCUUAUUACGGUUUUAUACCGAACUACGGGAGAUGGCGAAUGAUCCGAAAUAUGCAUUGGAUCCCCUCACCUUGGAUAAUCCAAUAGACAAUGGUAGUAAUGCCCAAGAAAUGGAUGCUAUUAAUAAAAAUCGGUUUUAUGACGGACACACUUAUCAACCAGUUGAUCAUGUAUACUUGACGAAUGUGGCGCAAGUUCUUAAACCAGCAAAGUCUUCAGUGCGAUCAAAUUAUAAUUCCCGAAAAGGUUCUAGUCAUAGUAACGUAAAAAAGCGGCAGAAUAAUCGUACACCAGUUUCAAAAAGUAGCGUUUCUAAUCGUACUUCAAAUCGUUCAUUUGCGACCCACUUAGUUUCUCUAGCUGCACGUAAAAAUAAUCCUUUCGGAGUACGGUUUGGUUCUAAUCAAAAUUUACACGAUUCUGCCUACAUUUCUAGUACAUCUUCAGGAGAUUCUCAUCCUUCUUGGACCAAAAAGAAUUUAGAUCCAGCCAUCAUAUCACCCGUUGGCAGUAACUGUUCCAGUUUGACCUCGUCAAUUCCCGCAUCAAAUUAUCCAAUGCAGACAGUAUCUCAUCAACCUAUUGUCUUAUCCACAGCAUCUUCUGUUUCACCCCUUAAUAGUAAGCCAGUUUAUUCAGUACAAAGUCAAAUAUCGAACGCCAAUAACGUUUUAACUAAUUUUAAUAAAAUUCCUAUUUCUGCUUGUUCGUCUAACUUGCCAUAUCAAAAAUGUUCGAGUAGGUCCACACUUCAGCAACCGCCACCCCAUUAUCGCUCUAAAGGAAACAGUAAUUUAAAUGGCAAUCAAUUGAUUUAUCUAGGAGUACCACCCGGUUCGUGUUCGGCAAAUUCAGGAACUUCCUCCAAUUCUUACGUCUCUCAGGAACAGGGAACAUUUUUGAUUCGAUCCUUUAAUCAUUCCAAUUUCAAUGCACCACGUGUGCCUAACGUAUCUAAAAUUGUUUUAGGGUGUAGUACUCAAAAACAACUGCCUUCUAAUUACAAUACAGUUACUUCUAAUGAUAACGGUAUUCAGAAUGAGGGGGCGACUCCGGCACCACCUACUCCUCAUUCCACUUCAAAUGUAUUGCGUUUGUCCUCUGCGUCUAAUACAGCUUCUGAUUGUAAUACUCGGAAAGAAUUUCCCUCUAGUUACAAUACAGUUGCUCUUAAUAAUAAAGGCAUUCAGAAUGGGGGGACAUUUUCGGCACCAUCUUCUUGUAAUUCCACUUCAAAUUCAUUGCUUUUGCCGUCUACGUUUAAUACAGCUUCAGGGUGCAAUACUCGGAAAGAACUAUCCUCUGGUUACAAUACAGUUACCUGUAAUAAUAGUACUCAAUAUGGGCGCACAUUUUCUGCACCAUCUACUACUUCAAAUGCAUUGCGCAUGUCCUCUGGGUCUAAUACCGUUUUGAAACUUAAUACUCAUUAUCAGUUGCAACAACCCCCUGUUGAUAGUGCUGUCACCAUUAAUAAUAGUAGCAUUCAUAAUCAAAUUCGUUUUAAUAACAACAUAACAUCUGCUUCUUCUGUCUCUUCCCUUUCAAAUAGUGGGACAGGCAAUCGUGCCAUUUUCGCGAGUAAUGAGAUAAAUGUGUGUUCCACCCCCGUUUGUUCGAAGGUACCCAAAGUUUUCCCAAAAUCCACUCAAACGAAAACUGUUCUUAGUAAUAUUAAAGAAUCACGUAUAUCGCAAGAUGCAGUUAUUACUGGCGAAGAGGGAUUUUUCCCUCCAUCACAUCAAUCGACACAACAGGGGAGACCCCGAACUUCUGUCUCAGUUAAUUCUGAUGGAGGGAGGUGUUGGGAAAAAGGAGAAGAUGAUUCAAUGGCAAGUUUAAAAUUAUAUGAGAUGAAUAUGUUUCCAAAUAUGAACGAAAAUUGCCCGAAUACAAUGGAAUUUAUCGAUCUUGACUAUUAUUACGGAAAUUCGACCAAUAAAUAAAGUAAUUAUUCAUGUU